AUGGCCACAGACCACCAGAACCCUGCAUCCAAGCAGCAGCAGCCAGGCACCAGUGCUUUCAAGUUGAUCAUCUAUGAACAGGAGAACUUCCAGGGGCGUUGCCAUGAGCUGACUGGUCCCUGUAACGACCUCCAGGAAGCAGGCGUGGAGAAAGUGGGCUCCAUACUGGUGCUGUGUGGACCAUGGGUGGGUUACGAGCAGGCUAACUGUAAAGGGGAACAAUAUGUGUUUGAGAAGGGGGAGUAUCCUCGCUGGGAUUCCUGGACCAACAGCAGACGUAGCGACAACAUCUUUGCAUUCCGCCCCAUUAAAGUGGACAGCCAGGAGCACAAGAUUGUCCUUUAUGAAAACCCCAGUUUCGCGGGGAAGAAGAUCGAGAUCAUAGAUGAUGAUGUCCCCAGCUUCCACUCACAUGGAUACCAAGAGAAGGUCACCUCUGUCAGAGUUCAGAGUGGCACUUGGGUGGGGUACCAGUAUCCUGGCUACAGAGGCUAUCAGUACCUGUUUGAGAAGGGGGAAUACAAGGACUGUGCUGAGUUUGGUGCCCAGUUCCCUCAGAUCCAGUCCGUCAGGCGCAUCCGAGACAUGCAGUGGCACCAGAGGGGAGCUUUUCACCCUGUCGCUGGCGCCAACUAA